AUGCAAUUCGAGCCCGAGGAAAGCGGCGAAGAGCGCCGUCGACGGCAGAGGGACUAUCAUGCGUUUCUAGACGCUCAAGUCGAGGCUCGCAGUAGGAAGUCCGCUCCAGAGGAUGACCGGACAGACCCCGCAGGCAACCCCAGGCUCCCGGUCCUCCCGCUUUCUGCGAGGUUGAAGUACCAGCCUAGCCCCGAAACCUACGGCACGGAUUCUUCCACAAACUUUGCACUGCCGAAUGGGAAGGGUCCGGUGGUGGGCGAUGGUAGCGGGGGCAGAGUGAGAGGGACGGAUCAUCGGGCGGAAGUCGCUAUCCGUGAGGAGCACUUCAACCGCAUAGAGCAAAGACUCGAGGAAGAGGUUCAGCGGAGACACCUCGUCGAGCGGAAUCUAGCAGCCCUUGGUCAAAGGCUGGAGAACUGGAUAUCGGACUCUACGGCCAGCUUGAAGUCGCUUGGCGCCAGGGACGAGGUCGUUACCAAGGUGCAAGAGAUGACCCAGCAGCAGGUCAAGGCUCUUGAGGAGGAGGCACGCACCAGAAUACAGGCCGAUGAGACCAGAUCGUCUCGGUUUCGCCAAGCGGUCGAACGUGUGUCUGGUGAGGUGGAGAACCUUGCCCGUAAGCUAGAAUCUGAGGAUAACGGCACUCUCCAACGAGUAGCGAAGUUUGAGGUGAGGUUUAAAAGGCGCAUCGGGAUGUCAACACUUAUUCCUUCGUGUUACGGCACAACGAAGGCUGUGUUCAAGGGAGAAGCGAAGAGUGCGAGAGAAGCGACCAAGCAGCUGGUAGCCCAGGUCCAGGCGUUGGACGAUGACGUUGCUGGAUCGGAAAGGAAAAUGAGCUCGCUUUUGGAAUCGUUGCGGCAGAUCGAAAGCCGGCAACGCGAGCAACUUUCGGUGGCAGCAGAAGCAAGAAAAGCAACAGAUGGGACGGAGCAGUUGCGCGAGAAAGUCUGUGCAUUGAGCGCAGCAGUGUCUCGGUCGGACAGUAAGAUGAACUCGCUCCUUCAGGCGCAUCAGGCGCUUGAAAAACGGCAGCAAGAUCAACACUCUGUUGGGAACGCGAUAAAAGAAGAGAACGUGUCGAAACAGCAACUUCAGGAGUCGUUGAUGGCCGCUACGAGCGUCAAGCUAGAGCUUUUGAGGUCGUCCCUCGCAGAUGAGCUGUCCGGUAUGAUGGGAGACACAGCAAAGCGAGCUGUGGAAAGUACCAACGUGCCACAGUUGAUGGCAGCCCUACGAGGUCGAGUGGAGCAUACAGAGGAGCGACUGAACAACAUGGUAGACAAAAGUUUCAGGGCCAUGGAAGACGAACUUUCCGGUGUACACACUGAGGCUGCAACCCAGAGUCAACUGACGGAGCUCCAGUCUUACCGACUCCACGUUCUCACCCGUCGCCGAAAGGAUGCUCUAUCGGCUGAGAUAACCGCCAGAAGGCGAAACGCCGUUCGACUAGCCGAGGCACAGGCGGCAACGAAGGAGGGAGGGCGGGAGAGCGCAGUUCAGGCAGCGUCAGGAUUGCGUGCACGGUGUCUAGAGCUCGAGGAGCUGGUCGCCCGCUUGACACGAGAUAUUAAGACCGCUCAGGAAGAUAUCUCAUCGCAGGUCUCUGAUGGAGAUCGGAAUAUCGCUAGAGUGACCGCAAGAGUGGACGAGCUCGAAGGGGUUAUCACCAUAAACAAAGACCUGGUGAGCGAGUGUACGCUGGAACGGGACGUAUCGACGCCGAUGUUCUUCGCUCCAUACAAGGAAGUGGAGCCGUUGCGAGAGGCGGAAGAGAGAGCUCGAAACGGUCUUGCAGCAACGGAGUCAAAGCGUCAGGAACAAGCCAAGCAGUUCGCCGACAAGAUAGCCAGUGUCGAGUCGUCGGAGAUGGCACGGAUAGAGGCGAUAGAGCUAGCCAUGACAGAGCAAGGGGACAUCCUCAAGGAAGCCUUCGAGACCGGCCACCGAACGAACAAAAGACGUUCCGACGAGAUCCAUGCGGAGGUGAAGCGUUUGGAGGGUAGCUUGAGGACGGAGCUGGCGGAUGCUCAGGAGGAGUCGGAGAGGGUUAAUUAUCUACUCCACCAAGCCCAAGAGCAGGUGAACGCGUCGCUUCUGCGGCCGUCAAAUACGACCAGAACCCACCCGAUACUUCGAGAGAAAAUAACAGCCGAGGAGACCGCUCGUAUUGACGGAGUGCGGGACCUACACCGAGACUUAUCAAGGGCAACAGAAGCUUCGUACUCGCGCACGCGGCUGUGGGCAGAAGACCAGCUGCGAAAAGAACACGCGGCAAUGGAAGAGUCCUUGGAGCGCACUCAAGCGCAGAGCGGGAUGAUCCGCACCCUACUCGACGAAGCGGUGAAGGCCGUGUCGAAGGAGCUGGAUCUCUUGAGGGUGGAAUCUCGCGAUAGGAACCUGGCGUUGGAGGAGGUGCUUGACGAGCGAGCGUCGGGGCUGGAAGAAAGGCUCACCGAGAUCGACAACGGAUCGGCGAAAAAACGGCGAGUGAACGAGCUGACGAGAGAAACUGGGGCGCGGAUCGGUGAGGUCGAGCGGCGGGUCCGCCAGGCCGAGAGGGAACUCAAGGAAGAGCUGGAAGUCAAGCUAGCGGUUUCGUCGAUGGUGUGUUCAGUUGCGGACAAGGCAUCAACGCAAAGGCUAGAGCAGAGCUCUUUGGAAGUAGUGCGACUGGAGGAGAUGCACAAGGCUGGUGCAAUGGAAAGCGAGGCGAGCCUGAAGGCGGAGCUGGCGAAGACAAACGCCGUUGUUGCAAGCUUGAAGGCCGACAUAGGUGUUGCCAGGGCAUGGCAGACGGGCGUGGACAGCCUCGAAGUAAAACUGAUGGCGCGCAUUGAAGAACUUAGGACCAUGGCCGAGGCGGCAGAGUCAGCCGCAGCAAUUGCGAAGGCCGAUGCCUCUGCCGCGCUCGAAGCCAAAGCUAAGCACACCUCCGAGGAUACCAGCAGCAGCGUUACCAGGAAUGAUAUUGAAGUAAAUAAUCUCCGUGGCACGGAACCAUUAGACGUCGAAGGGGCAGCGAAGGCUCAAGGGCAGCUGGGCAAGAAAGGGUUGACGAAGAAGGUAGGGUUUGCAUCUCGAGAAUGCCCGGUGACACAGAGCGUCAAAGUUUCCUUUGGCUCCAAGCAAAGGUCUGUUUACAUGUUCCAGACCAUGUCAGCCGAGAAACAUGAUAUUUCGACGUCCAUGACAGUUGACGGAAUCGGCAUGGCGGUGAUACACAGCGUUGGCGGUACCAAUUACCUUGUUCUUAUGUCAUACUGGCGCGCUCAUCUGUGCCUUCAGGCGAUGGACUUCGCCGCCAUGAACGACGAGCUCGAAGCCGACGAGAAGAGCUCCACCCAAUCCUCUUCAUCCAGUAGACAAGAUGAAUCCGAUGCAAAAGAUGAUGACGAAGAUACCAACAGCAACGCUGACGCAUCAAACUUAAAUACCCGGGUAAGCGACAUUGAGAAGGAGCUGGUCCAGCUGAAGCAGCGGUUGGAAGAAGGAAUUGUGGAGAUGGAUGCCCUCAGGCAAGAGAUUCUCAGUGCGGGAUCAGCAGUCAGAACUCCCGUCGACCCUGAAAGAGGAGCGAGCGCUUCUCCCCAGCCCAGCUCACAAAGGGACGCUAGUUCAUCCCAAGAGGGCACGAAUGAUGAUAGCCAAGACGCGGUGGAUGAACGCAGUCGAUCGCGCAGAGUCGCUGAUCAAGACCAGGAAGGGGUCAAAAGCGCGGGCGAUGAAGUACAGCAACCAAGGCGUCGAGAUAGCAGGUCGCGCUUUGCGACAGAGGUGGCAGAUGGGAACGAUGCGCCUGCUUCCUCGGGCUUGGACGUUGACGGUAGAAGGAGACAAGUAGCAGAAACCCCAGAUGAGGAAAGACAGGUCAGCAGCAAAGAGCCUUCGUCGCCGGGAGCAGCACACAUCCGCAACAGGGUACCCUCCUCACAGACAUCGCGUGCGAGCUAUACCCCCCCGUUGUCGCCAACAUCGGCCGCCAGCUACACACCACCGAUUUCACCAAAAUCGGAUGGCUCAGGUUCUACCGGACGGAGGGCGGACGCAGCAGCGGGCCAAAGCAAACGUCAAGCCGAGGAUAGUGGGUCGGAAAAUGAAGUCAGUCGUAGCGACAGGGGAAGCGAAAGUGAUAGUGAAAGCGAAGGAGGCCGUUCCCGUCAGAGCUCUGCGGACCAGGGAGAUCUGGCUUCGAGGCGAGAAGAAGAGGGUUCUGCAGGUCAGGAGUCUGACGAGGCUAGAGACAGGGGCGUGGACGGCUCAUCCUCGAGGGGCUCUGAAACAGCGUCCAACGCCUCGGAAGAGGAUGGUAGCAGCGGGGUGGACGACGAUGGCAGCGGCUCCGAGCGAGGCGCGGAGGAUGACCGAAGUCGAGAUAGCGAAGGGGGUAGCGACGAGGAAGCCGCGUCUGAGAGCGGGUCGGUGUCGGGCUCCGACCGUUCUGGCGAAACACGGGAUCGCAGGGCGAGUGACGAUGGUACAGGGUCAGAGUCUGAUGACGAGGAUAGUGGUCAAGGUUCCCAGAACGGCCGAGAUUUAUCGCCGGCGAGAACGUCCGGAGGAACAUCAGAAGCAUCCGAUGAAGACACCGAAGGCAGUACCACCCCGAGAAGAUCGGCGAGGAGUGGUAGCAGUGGGACGGCAGGCGAAGGGGAGGACGACGAGCGCUCGGAAUCGUCGAGAUCGAAGGCUGGCAAGACAAGAUCAUGA